AUGGAUGUUAAUAUCGACGAUAUACUGGCUGAACUUGACCAAGAUACUACAGCUGUAGAUUAUAAAGUGGAUGCAUCAAGUUCACAAAACGCAAUCAAUAGCACGAACGACCAAACAGUUCUCAAUUCUUCAUUAACAAACACGAAAAUUCAACCCACAAUAUCACUGGAAAAAGAUUAUAAACUAUUACUUAGACACUGGCAAAAUGAGAGAUUUUCUCCUGAGCUCUUACCUUAUCCUCAUUUGCUAAUGGAACGAUUACUAAGGAGAGUUAGCACUCAAAUCGAAUCCAUCGAGCUAAUUUCGAUGAAUUUAAUCGAUAACGACAAUGUGGAUACUUCCAAAAAUGGAAACAACUUGAAUAUGCUUCCUCUGCUAGUCAUGGAAGCUGAGUUAGAAAGAGUCAAGUUCGUUAUAAGAAGCUUCAUACGAUGUAGACUGUCAAAAAUUGAUAAAUUUUCACUAUAUUUGAGAACUAUCAGAGAUAAUGAAGGUGGGAACGAUAGAUCUAUCAAUGGGUUGCUUUCAGAAAGUGAAGUAGUCUAUCACCAAAAGCAUUUUAAUAUUCUUUUAAAAAUAUUUAAUAACUCAAUAUUACAACACUUGCCGUCUGAAUUGCAAGCAAUUAAUGACACAGAGGGAAGUGUCAAUAUGAUUGAUGCGCCAGACUGGGACAAAUUUGUUUUUGUACUCGUUACAGGUCCUCCAAAUUCCAAUUUUAGUGAAGAUCCCCUACUGAUAAAGUCGCAGGAUAAAUUUUACUACAACGUUACUGUAGAAGAACUUAACGAAGAUAUUGAACUCACCGUUGGAAGCAUUUACGUCCUCAGAUAUAGCGUCAUUAAAACUCUAUUAACCGAUGGUAAAGUACAGCUUAUAUAG